AUAUUUGUCUAAUUGUCUCCUCUCUUCUCUUCUACUCCGUAUCACUUCGUUCUACUCAACCCCAGUAGUCUUCUUGAUUCUUGAACGAUAAAGAUUGAAUCUUUUUGCCCAGAUUUUGACUCCUUUUCCAGUUUAAGCUUCUGGGUGUUUUCUGAUUAAUGGGUUCUGAGAAUCUUUUCUGCAGAGAGUUGCCUUAUGACUGAUGAGUGAUGAGUGGCUUUUGUACUUGAGUAGUCAUCUUUUAGCAAGAAGUUGAAGAAGGGUGGGUGGUUUUGGUUUAUACUUUUAUGAUUUAGUCUUCCCUGGGAGCCCUUGAGGUCUGGCCUUGUUGUUUCUACAAAGUUCAUAUUAGUUGGAGUUGGAUUCAGGGUUGUUGAGAAUGAACGGGGCUGUGUUAGUGGCGAUUGCGGCCACAAUUGGGAACUUUUUGCAGGGUUGGGAUAAUGCCACCAUAGCAGGAGCUGUUGUUUACAUAAAGAAGGAGCUUGUUUUGGAAACUUAUAUGGAAGGGCUUGUGGUUGCCAUGUCUCUCAUUGGAGCCACGCUAAUUACGACGUGUUCGGGAUCCAUAGCCGACUGGCUUGGUCGACGCCCGAUGCUCAUUCUCUCGUCAAUGUUUUAUUUCCUGAGUGGUUUGAUAAUGUUGUGGUCGCCUAAUGUCUAUGUCCUACUAAUAGCGAGGCUUUUGGAUGGGUUCGGGAUUGGAUUGGCGGUUACUCUUGUCCCGCUCUAUAUAUCGGAGACAGCACCGUCGGAGAUUAGAGGAUUGUUAAAUACCCUUCCCCAAUUUACCGGGUCGGGGGGGAUGUUUUUGGCGUAUUGUAUGAUUUUUGGAAUGUCGGUGACGACAGCGCCGAGCUGGAGAUUGAUGCUCGGGGUUCUUUCGAUCCCAUCGCUUUUGUAUUUUGCCCUAACUGUGUUUUAUUUGCCCGAGUCUCCUCGAUGGCUUGUUAGCAAAGGAAGGAUGGUAGAGGCCAAACGAGUUUUGCAGAAAUUGCGUGGCAGAGAAGAUGUAUCGGGAGAGAUGGCUUUGCUCGUUGAAGGUCUUGCUGUUGGCGGUGAGACGUCUAUAGAAGAAUACAUAAUUGGUCCGGCUGAUGAGCUUCCGGAAGAUGAGGACCUUGCAGCUGACAAAGAUCGUAUCAAGUUGUAUGGACCCGAGGAGGGUCUAUCGUGGAUUGCCAAACCGGUAACUGGACAGAGUAGUAUCGGGCUUGUGUCGAGGCAUGGAAGCAUGGCGAGCCAAACCGUUCCUCUUAUGGAUCCUCUCGUCACUCUCUUUGGCAGUGUCCACGAGAAGCUCCCCGAGACGGGAAGCAUGCGAAGUAUGCUGUUCCCGAACUUUGGCAGUAUGAUAAGCACCGCGGAUCAUACUAAGGGGAACGAACAGUGGGACGAGGAAAGUCUGCAGAGAGAAGGCGAGGAUUACGGGUCCGAUGGUGUGGAUGCGGACUCCGAUGACAAUUUACAUAGCCCGUUGAUCUCCCGCCAGGCGACAACUGCGGAAAAGGAUAUGGUCCCACCCGCCUCCCACGGGAGCAUUCUAAGUAUGAGACGCCAUAGCACUCUUAUACAAGGAAACGCUGGAGAUGCGGUUGGCAGCAUGGGUAUUGGCGGCGGCUGGCAGCUAGCGUGGAAGUGGUCUGAGAAAGAAGGCGGUGAUGGGAAGAAAGAAGGAGGUUUUAGAAGGAUUUAUUUACAUCAGGAAGGGGGCCCCGGGUCUCAACGAGGCUCUCUCCUAUCACUACCCGGUGGUGAUGUUCCUGUUGAAGGCGAAUAUAUUCAGGCUGCAGCUCUGGUAAGUCAGCCUGCUCUUUAUUCGAAGGAACUCUUGGAUCAGCAUCCCGUUGGACCGGCAAUGGUUCAUCCGUCGGAAAUUGCUUCGAAGGGCCCAAGUUGGACCGCUCUUCUUGAACCGGGUGUUAAGCGAGCACUUAUUGUUGGAAUUGGAAUUCAGAUUCUGCAGCAGUUUUCUGGUAUAAACGGGGUGAUGUACUACACUCCUCAAAUUCUCGAGCAGGCAGGCGUAUCCGUUCUCCUUUCCAACCUUGGCCUAGGAUCGGACUCUGCGUCUUUCCUUAUCAGUGCUUUUACGAACCUUUUAAUGCUUCCUUCCAUAGCCGUUGCUAUGCGGUUCAUGGAUGUUUCUGGCAGAAGGACACUGCUGCUCUCCACAAUCCCCGUUCUGAUAUUCUCCCUCGUUGUACUCGUCCUUGGCAACGUUAUCAACCUCGGCAGCGUUGCCCACGCGGUGCUCUCCACCAUCUGCGUGAUCCUCUACUUCUGCAGCUUCGUGAUGGGCUACGGGCCGAUCCCGAACAUCCUCUGCGCGGAGAUCUUCCCCACGAGGGUUCGUGGCCAGUGCAUCGCCAUAUGCGCGCUAGUUUUCUGGAUAUGCGACGUCAUCGUUACCUAUUCGUUGCCCGUGAUGCUGAGUUCCAUGGGGCUGGCUGGGGUGUUCGGGAUCUACGCGGUGGUGUGCGUGAUCUCGUGGAUCUUCGUGUUCCUUCGGGUUCCCGAGACGAAAGGCAUGCCCCUCGAGGUGAUCACGGAAUUCUUCGCUGUUGGUGCAAGACAAGCAGAAAUGGCCAAGAAUGAAUGAAUGAAUGAGAGGAAGCUCAAAGGGGGGUCUCUAAUUGUGAGGCCUUAUUUGAUGGAAACAACAACUGAGAUUGAUUUCUUCAUCAAGGGUUUGAUGCAUUGUGCUUUUUCCUAUUUCUCAAAACUUCUGUAUUUUGUAUAAAAUCUUUAUGGAACUUACUCUUCCAUUUCUUGAUUUCUGCCUUACUGGAUUCUAUUGAUUUGUAAGAACCUUUACAUUUUAUGAAUUAGCUCAGUUUAGCUACCAAA